CCGCAAUGAAAUGGGACUGUAAUAUUAAAAACUACCAACGUGUCAUGAGUGCAUGAGGAUUCGUGAGAUCUUUCUUUCGAAUGAACUUGAGGUUUUUACCAAAUAACCCGCUGGUUGCAUUAGAACAUUGAAUUGCGCUUAGUGAUUCGCCGCUAAAAUGGUUAUUUAGAAUUAUUGUAUUCUGUAGCAGAAAUACUUAUUAUAUAUACUUAUAUAAGUAGAUACUUAUUAUCGCAUAAUCAGAUACUAUGUAUUCACUUUAGGUUGAGAGUAUGCGUAAAUGCAGCGCAAAUAUAAGUUAGACUUGUAGAGCAGCUUCCUGUCACAUGUCCGGUACAGUUCAGUCACAUGACUUCAGUCGAUGAAAAUGAAAGCUGGAUGCAACCAGCUUAAACCCGCAGUGCUUGUUUUGAUCGUGAAGUUAUGUUUCUGUGCAAGUUAUCAACCGAAAGACCUGCAGGUAUGUGAGCUCUGCAGCGGCGCAGUCCUGAAUGGCAGCGCAGUGGGACAGUUUUGCUCCUCAUCCGCUGGUCGGAUAGAAGGGCGCUGCUGCUUGAGACGCGACAACACAAGCGACCCUGAACGCAUCACCGGGUUGGAUCUGUCCAACUGUUCACUAACUCACGUGGAGGGUCUCCUCGGAACUUCAAGAGCAAUAAUGAUGAUAGACCUCUCCCUCAAUCCCAUCGUCAACAUCAGCGACGCAGCAUUUCAAGGCCUUAUUGAGUUAGAUUUCAUCAUUUUGCCAGAACACGUUCACUGUCCAGGGGGCAACACUUCUUGGGCGAAGGUGGAGGUCAAGGGGGGAAAUCGCCUUUGCGAGGGCCAGAUAAAUUGGUGCAACCAGACCGGACAGCUGUCCAUUAACUGCCCCGAGAACUCCCUCUGCGCCCCCUACGGCCCCAGCUUCUUUGAGUGCAGCUGUGUGGAUGACUUCCACGGGUACAAGUGUCUUCGAAGGGGGGAGUUCCCCGGGCUCCUGGUGUUUGGGCCUCUCGGGGCGGUUACGGUGGCGGCGUCUUUGCUGCUGUGGGUCACGCAGAGACGUAAGGUCAAGCCACUGUGAGGCCUGCAGCUUCAUUUUUUAUUUAAACACUGAAAGGGAAAAUACUGACUUGAAGUCUGAGGUGACGCCAGACUUCUAUCAUUAAUUUGACUUUAUUUUAACUCGGUACAUUUUAAAAACUGUUUUUUUUUAACUGCGUCAUCAGUGCAAUUUUAGAGAUAAUUAAUCUCAACAGUAGUUGCUGUUGUUUUAAAUUUUUUUUGGCAACAAUAUCACUGUUACCAUUAUAAUUCAAUUUUUAAAUGUAGUUAACUGACUCAAGAUGUUUGUAAAGUGGUUGUGUGUAUGACAUUUCUGAGGAUUUGCUCGGUGUCAAUGGUGCCAAACAUGCACAGUGGGUGCGUUUACACGGUGGAGCUACGUGUCCUGAAGCACAUGAGGACAUCUGUAGAGUUCAGAACAUUGUUUACUUAAUGUUGGACAUGUGCUUCCAUCAGAGCAAAAACCAAGUCAGGUUCACUCACUAGAAUUGAACCAUCAAAUUUAAGAUUUUAUGUAUGAAGUUUUAUUCAAAAAGUGAGACAUUGCCUUUAAAAGGUCUUUAAAAUGUUUGUUUUCACGGAUUAAAAAAAAAGUGUUUCACUUUUCCAUGCAGGGUUCUAAUAAAAUAUUAAACAAUGAA